GGGUGCCCAGGGGGCGGGCGGGGGGCCUUGGGAUGGGGCGCAGGUGCCUCCCGGGUGAUGGGAGUGCGGAUGGCCAGCUCUGCAUUGCGGGUGCAAUUCCUGCGCGGUGCAGGGCCCGCGCUGAGGAGCGAGCCCACGCGAGGAGCUGCCACCUGGUUUGGGGCCCCGAAGUGAAAGGUGCGACAUAGAGCCACCUCUUUAUAUGUGACCGUGAGCCGUGGUCUCCAGCAAUGACAGCGCGGGCCAGCAACAGGUGUCACCUUAAUGCCUUCCCAGGAAAGCCACUUACCCCUGGAUGAUUAUGAUUAAUAAUUCUGUAAGCCCUAAUCGCGCUGACACCGGUGCCUGCAGCUUACCCCAGGGGGCACUUUAAAAGGGGUGUCCUGUGGAGGUGAGCGGAGCUGCUUCUCCUGGGGGUGCCGGCGAAGGCUGAGAGGUGGCGGGAGCCCCACUUCAGAGCGAUCCCCCCGCGCUCCAACACCGCCCCUGAGCCAGAGCCAAAGGCACCUCGCCAGCCGCAGCCAUGAACGGGACAGAAGGCCAAGACUUCUACGUGCCCAUGUCCAACAAGACCGGGGUGGUGCGGAGCCCCUUCGAGUACCCCCAGUACUACCUGGCUGAGCCCUGGAAGUUCUCGGCUCUGGCUGCCUACAUGUUCAUGCUGAUCCUGCUCGGCUUCCCCGUCAACUUCCUCACGCUCUACGUCACCAUCCAGCACAAGAAGCUCCGGACACCUCUAAACUACAUCCUGCUGAACCUGGCGAUCGCCGACCUCUUUAUGGUCUUUGGAGGCUUCACAACCACCAUGUACACCUCGAUGAAUGGGUACUUUGUCUUUGGAGUAACGGGCUGCUACAUCGAAGGCUUCUUUGCUACUCUGGGUGGUGAGAUCGCUCUCUGGUCGCUGGUUGUCCUGGCUAUCGAGAGGUACGUGGUGGUCUGCAAGCCCAUGAGCAACUUCCGCUUCGGGGAGAACCACGCCAUCAUGGGCGUCGCCUUCUCCUGGGUCAUGGCCUUGGCCUGCGCGGCGCCCCCGCUCUUCGGCUGGUCCAGGUACAUCCCUGAGGGCAUGCAGUGCUCGUGCGGGAUCGACUAUUACACGCUGAAGCCGGAGAUCAACAACGAAUCUUUCGUCAUCUACAUGUUUGUGGUUCACUUCAUGAUCCCGCUGAUGGUGAUUUUCUUCUGCUACGGGAACCUGGUUUGCACCGUCAAGGAGGCGGCCGCCCAGCAGCAGGAGUCUGCCACCACCCAGAAGGCAGAGAAAGAAGUGACCCGCAUGGUCAUCAUCAUGGUCAUCGCCUUCCUGAUCUGCUGGCUGCCCUACGCCAGCGUCGCGUUCUACAUCUUCACCAACCAGGGGUCGGACUUUGGACCCAUCUUCAUGACCAUCCCGGCUUUCUUUGCCAAGAGCUCCGCCAUCUACAACCCUGUGAUUUACAUCGUCAUGAACAAACAGUUCCGUAACUGCAUGAUCACAACUCUCUGCUGCGGCAAGAACCCGCUGGGUGACGAGGACACGUCUGCUGGCAAGACAGAGACCUCCUCCGUCUCCACCAGCCAGGUCUCUCCCGCGUAGGCCCCCCCGGAGCGGCCGGUCCUCGGGGUCCCCUCACCGCCCCGGGAGCGCGAACCCCCGCUGCCACCACCUGCCCCGCCGCACCGAGGCCAUGGCCCCACCGGGUGGGCUCCUCUCUCCUGGCACUAGGACCCCUGGGAACAAGGCUGUGAAUGUGUACACACAUUUUGUAAUUAAAAUGCAAAGGCUUAGCUCCUCCACUGGCGUAAA